AGGUUGGCUGAGCCGCCGGCCGGCAUGCCCUCCCCCUCCGCGCCCGCACACCCCCGCGAGACCCGGGGCGGGCAGGGAAGGCUUCUCCCGGCUGGCCCGCUUCGGCCUCCCGCCCUCGCCCUCCUGCCUCCUCCUCCAAUCGCGAGCGCCCUUACUGCUGGGUGGGCUAAACAGCUCGCCUGCGCGCCCAGCUGAUCCGAGGCUCAGCCAUGUCAACUCCAGAUUCAGGCAGUGGUCUUCCUGGGCAGCCAGCUCCCUUUCCUUCUGCCCCCCCACCACCGCCAAUUCUGCCUCCUCCCUUUAUGCCUCCUCCUGGGAUCCCACCACCAUUUCCGCCCAUGGGAUUGCCCCCAAUGGGACCACGGCCACCGCCUAUGCCACCUAUGCCCCCUGGCAUGAUGCCACCUCCCCCUCUGAUUCCACCUAUGCCUGGACCACCACCCCUGGGUCAGAUGCCCACAAUGGUGCCACCAAUGCUGCCGGGGAUGAUCAUGCCCGGGGUGCCAGCUGGGCCUGUUCCUGUUUCUGGAGGAGCAGUUCCUGUGACUGACCCAUCCAACACCACAGUGACCCAGGCAGCCCCUGUAAUCCCCAACCCCCUGGUUGGGGCUAUGCAACAGAAUGUGAUUCUCGGUGGCUCUCCAGUGUUGGAUGCAGGCCGAAAGAAGCCAGCAUGGAGUGAGCAUAAAGCCCCUGAUGGGCGGAUUUAUUACUAUAAUGCUGAAACCAAACAGUCGAGUUGGGAAAAACCAGAUGAACUCAAGUCUAAGGCAGAGCUCUUGCUGUCACGCUGUCCUUGGCGUGAGUAUCGCUCAGAAACAGGGAAGUCCUAUUACUACAACAUUCAGAGCAAGGAGUCACGCUGGACCAGGCCGCGAGAGUUGGAUGACAUUGAGGCAUUGAUCAAGGAGGAAGAGGAGGAAGCAGAAAGGCAACAGCCACCUCAGCAACCAGAGCCACCAUUGUCGGGCCCUGCCAGUCCCAGCCCGUCUUCUGAGGCCACCUCAGACACGGAAGGCACUGGGGGUGUUGAAGGACAGGAGACCCUGGGGACUGAGGGAGUGCCUGCUGCUGUUGAGGAGGAGGUCACAAGCAGUUGUGAUCCCCUCCGGAGAGAUGAAGAAGAUCGGGGCAGCGGCAGUGCCUGGAGCAACAAAGAAGAAGCUAAACAAGCUUUCAAGGAGCUCCUCAAAGAGAAGGGUGUUCCAGCAAGUGCAUCCUGGGAACAGGCCAUGAAGCUUAUUAGCAGUGACCCCCGUUUCAGUGCCUUGCCCAAGCUGAGUGAGAAGAAGCAGGCAUUCAAUGCCUACAAGGCCCAACGGGACAAGGAAGAAAAGGAGGAUGCCCGACUCCGGGCAAAGGAGGCAAAGGAAGAACUGCAGCGCUUCUUGGAAGAGCACAGCAAAAUGAAUUCCACCACCCGCUAUAGGAAAGCUGAGCAGAUGUUUGGCGAGCUGGAAGUGUGGGCUGUGGUGCCUGAACGGGAUCGCAAGGAGAUCUAUGAUGAUGUUCUUUUUUUUCUGGCCAAGAAAGAGAAGGAGCACGCCAAGCAGCUCCGCAAGAGGAACAUUCAGGCUCUGAAGAGCAUCCUGGACAGCAUGAGCCGGGUCAGCUUCCAGACCACCUGGUCCGAGGCCCAGCAGUAUCUGAUGGACAACCCCAGCUUUGCUGAAGACGAAGACUUGCAAAACAUGGACAAGGAGGAUGCCUUAAUCUGCUUUGAGGAACACAUCCGGACAUUGGAAAGGGAGGAGGAGGAGGAACGUGAACGGGGUCGAUUACGGGAGAGGCGUCAGCAGCGCAAGAACAGGGAAGCCUUCCAGGCCUUCUUGGACGAGCUUCAUGAAAGCGGGCGCCUGCACUCCAUGUCCACUUGGAUGGAGCUGUAUCCCUCCCUCAGCACCGACAGACGCUUUGCCAACAUGUUGGGCCAGCCUGGCUCCACCCCCCUUGAUCUCUUUAAAUUCUACGUUGAAGAUCUGAAGGCCCGAUUCCAUGACGAAAAAAAGAUCAUCAAGGAUAUUCUCAAGGACCGGAGCUUCAGUGUGGAAGUAAAUACAACCUUUGAGGACUUUGCCCAUGUCAUCAGUUUUGACAAGCGUGCUGCCACGCUGGAUGCUGGCAACAUAAAGUUGACUUUCAACAGUCUGCUGGAAAAGGCUGAGGCACGGGAGCGUGAACGGGAAAAGGAGGAAACCCGGAAGAUGCGGCGCAAGGAAGCAGCCUUCAAGAGCAUGUUGCGUCAGGCAGCUCCUCCACUGGAACCCAAUACUGCCUGGGAUGAGGUCAGAGAGCGGUUUGUCAACAAUAUUGCCUUUGAGCAGAUCACGCUCGAGUCAGAACGGAUCCGCCUCUUUCGUGAAUUCUUGCAAUUGCUGGAGAGCGAGUGCCAGCAUUUCCACACCAAGGCCAAGAAGCAUGCCAAGAAGCCGAAGAAACAUCAUCGCAAGCACUCUGCCUCGGGCUCAGAGUCAGGUUCAGACCAUCCCCACCGAGCAGCCAAGCGCAAGAAACGAAACCAUUCAGAAUCAGCUGGUUCAGGGGCCUCGUCUUCACCUGACUCCGAGCACAGCACCAGGCGUGCCAAGAGGCAGAAGAAGAAGAGCAAGAAGAAACGGCACAAGUCGAACAGCCCUGAAAGCGCAGCUGAGCACAAGACGGAGCCAGGCCGGGCGGAAGAGCGGGAGCGAGAGAAGGCGCCUCUGCGGCCGGAGGGGAGGGGCCACUCCCCUCCCCGGGGCGCUCGGAGGGAGCGGAGUGGUUGGGACACCUCAGAGAGCGAGGAGCUGAGUGAAGGAGAGCUGGAACGUCGGCGUCGGACUCUACUGCAGCAACUGGGUGACCAGUAAAUAACCCCUGCCUCUUUUGAGGCACUGCCAACCCAAAUGUAUGAGAAGCAUUCAGUCCUUGUUCCCGCGGCAACUCUGCCUUCUUUUGGCCUUGGUGGCGUCCAAGCCAAGCGUACGCACUGCUCUUGCUGGAACCCGCACAUUGGGCCACAGCCUUCCUCGGUACAUUCACUUGCUUCUAAGCGGGGAGCAGCUGCUCCUGCCCAUUGGCAGCAGUCAUCUCCAGAGACUCCACCUGUCUACACUGAGCAUCAGGACAGGGAGGAAAGUACAGGUGUCCCAUGUGGACCUGGAGAGCAUCACCAAAAUUGAAGCCUGGCUCUUGGAUCCACCCAGAAGAGCAGUGGGGGAAUUGCAGCUGAGCACCAGAAUGAAUGAUGUCUGUCUCCACUCGGACUUCGCCAGGGCCACGCUAGCCCGUAGCCUCCUUGGCCUAGAUCCAAAAUGGCAGGAAGCAGCUAAGAUACAGCAUCAGCCCUGCCCAGUCUGGGUGGUGUGGAGACAGGGAUGGGCUACGUGGCCUUCUGGAAGGUUGUUGCUGUGACUGGAUCCUUUUCCCUGGUUGCAGUAUCCCCUUGUGAGUUGAGGAUUUGAUGGAAUUUUUAAAACAAUAUUUAUAAUAAAUCUGGACUGAAAAUACCA